CUAGCUGCUGCUGCUGCUGGAUGUUGCGUUGUGAAGGUCGGUAGCGGAGCGUCUGUUCAGUCAGAUGGAGAUGGCGGUGAUUAGAGACUAAAUUUGGAAGGCAAAGACACCAUCCACCUCCCUGAGCCUCCCGCUGCAGAAAGGACUCCCACUCGGACUGCUGUAAAAACAAACAAAAGAGAAAAGAGGCGGGGGAGGCUGACGAGAGAGAGAGAGAGAGAGAGAGAGAGAGAGAGAGAGAGCAGAUCUUUCCUCUCCUCCCAGGCAUGAAGCAGUGAUUAUUUUUAACAUGAACAAUCCCAUGAAGGUGUAACUGAUAGUAUAAAGAGGGGUGCUUGUGUAUAUGUGUGUAUAUGUGUGUAUGUGUGUGUAAGGGUGUAUACCUGAAGUGCUGAGAUGGGCUCGGUGGGAGCGGAGCGCCGCAGGCCCACACCGGUCCAGACGCCCGAGGAGAGGGAGGUGUGGAGGGAUGGAGGACGAAUUGGAUGGAGGGAUGCAGGGAGGGAGGGGAGAGAGAGUGGCGUGGUGCAGAGCUUCAGCUUUGACUCGUACCAGCUGGAGGAGGACGAGAUCAGUAAAAACGCCCCUGAGAGAGGAGUGCUGGCUCUGUCUGAGCCAGACUUCGAGGAGCCAAUCCCUGAUGACCGUUACCAUGGUAUAUACUUUGCGAUGCUGUUAGCUGGAGUUGGCUUCCUGCUUCCCUACAACAGCUUCAUCACUGAUGUGGACUACCUGCACCACAAGUUUCAAGGUGUUGACAUUACACAUGUUUGCCGACCUGCUUUAUAUGAGCAGCCGUCCAAUAAGACUGUAGACUUUAUUGUCCCCAUGGGGAAAUGUCUGUCUAAACAGACAAGUCCCACCAAAGAACAUACAUAGACAGAACACAGAGUGUAACACAAACAGAGUAAGACAAGAGUCAAGAGUUCCCUCUCCGGCCUGUUCAGUGAGGCGAGCUAUUCUGCACCUCAGUGCUCUAUACAUCCGUCCUGAGGGAAGUGGGGGGAGGUGAGUGUUCAGUGGGUGUGUGAUGUCCUCUUCUAUUGAGGUUGCAAUUGUGUGAUGGCCCUGUUAGGUUGGGAGUGGGGAGACAGUGGUGAGUUUGGCCUUGUUUUUUACAGAUAACAUGUUGAAGAAGCAGGUGGAGCAGUACAGUAAGAUGGGCUGGAUCAUGCUCUGAUAGAGCAGCAGGAGGAAACAGGGGGCAACAUUGAGUCCUUUCAGUUUGAGGAUGACUGUCAAGUUCUGUGUUUUUGUGACCACAACUCUGCCCAAACUUGAAAAACUGCUUGAUCAACUGCUGAAGGAUGCAAAGGACAACUCAAUUCUUAUUCUUUGAUUUUUAUUUUCUUGAAGAUGGUUUUGGGUUUGAUGGUUUCAAUGGACGUAAACAGAAUGAUGGAAUAUGAGGGAAUGGAAUAGGUUGAUAACCUUCAAGAUAAACAGAAAAGACAUGCAUUAGUCUCAAACAAAUCCCAAUCAACAUUUCCCCUCAAAGUUUUCCUAAAGAAUAAAUGUUACCGUUACUUGAUUCUCAAACAAACAAAGUCA